AUGGAUUUCGCGUUUUCUCUUGAAAAUGCGACUUUUCAUUCUGAAUUACUGAUAAAAACAAUCGAUAAUUACAUUCCGGCGCCGCUUCUGAAAAACGCCGAGCAAGCAAUACAAUACCUCAACAGUCUGCAGCCUCUUGGCAUUAAUUUGAAACAAGUUCUUCAAAGUUUUCUCGAUAAAUCCGAUAACAAAUUGAAAAUGUUCGGAACCGUCGACGAUUUGCUGACGGACCUCAAAAUCUACCAAAAGUUUCCAUUGAACCACAAGAUGUUCGGUAUCGCCGGGCACACAAUGGAAGCAACGCUCGAUUAUCAAAAAGAGCCAGUGAAAUAUAAAAGUCUUAGAGGAGAGUUGUUCUACAAUAAACACGAUUUUCUUCAUCAUCUGUAUUCGCGAAUCCAUACUAAAUAUGCUGCGAAUAUGUCGGGAUCCUCGCCGGAAGUUCUUGAAUGUAUGAAACGAAACGAGAAGAAACUCGACGGAUGUUAUGAGUUCUUUCGAUGCGAUCACGUCACACUGCCUGAAGUUCAACAAAUGUUAUUAAAACUAUUCAAUAAUCUACAUGAUAAAGGUGUUCCUCUGGCAACCCAAACAGGCAUGGAUUCACAUUUUCGAAAUGUCUUCAGUCAAAUAAUGCAGAAUGUUAAUUCAGCAAUUCCAGCCAAUAGCGAAGAAAAGAAAUCUGAUGCUGAAUUGCUUCAGAAAAUUAUUGAUUCUUACCCUCACAUGUUUCUUCCAAAUGCUGAAUUAUUGAACCGUUCGAGUGCUUCAAUUGUUGUCAGAAUUUUCGAAGAUGUCGGUCAGAAAUUUGUGAUGAAAUCAGAAUUAUUCAAAGAUGAUCGAAUUUCAAGUUCUAAUGAAUCUUUUCAAACUUUGAAAGAUGAAAAUGGAAUAAUAUGGACUAUUGAUGCAAAUGAAGUCUUCAAAACUCUUGGUGGCAAAAUCGGAUUUAUUGAGUUUAUCAGUGUCCCAAUUCAAAGAGCGAAACAUGCAGCUGUCCCCAUUGCGACACCUUCUGGAGAUCAUUGUAUUCUUGCUUCGGAUGCUGUGUCUGAACUUCUUCGUCGAUUGAUUUCUGCGCUGAAAGUAUUCCAGAACUUGAAUACGAAUGACUGGCAGGCGGUUACUCAAUAUAUAGAUUUAUUGAAUACCGUUUUUCCACUAAAUGCGACUCAUAAAUUCUUCAUCGAUACAUCGAAAUUCGAAAAGUUCAAAUGUAAAACUGAUGAUUUUUGGGCGAAAAUUCAGACAGACAGUUCAAAAAAAGUGGUCAGAGACGUUGGAAUCUACGGAUUUGAUGUGGAAUUUCUGAAAGAAGAGCUGAAAAUAUUAGAGUUGUCUACUGCUUUCCCCGAUAUUAUAGACAAAGCUGAAAUCGCGUACCAGUAUGUGUUCAAAAUGAGAAGGGGACCAACAUUGGAGACAAGUGAUUUGAUUGAUGCAGUAGAAGUAUGCCAGCUGAUUUGUCUACUUGAGAAGUUCCCACAGCUAAAAGAAUUCUUCCACAAUCAAAACUAUUGCAAUCGGAUUCCGAGUGUUCAAUGCAAUCAGUGUUCUUCUCCGCCGCCACGUUUUCCGACAUUGAUGCCUUGGAGUGACACCUCCGAUCUGAAAGAAAUUCAUGAGCAACAUGUGGUCCUCAGAUUUCCUCGUGGUUUAAUCAAUGCUAGAGAGAUUGAUUGGAACUUGGAUUUGCCAAAUUUCAAAACGAUCACAACAAAUUUAAAAUGUUUAUCUUUUGAUCAAUUUUCGAAACUGUCUCCAAAGUUUUUCCUUGUCGAUUUGGACGAUUUAAAACAUAUUAAAACCGAUCAAUUCGAAGAGUUUAUGCUGAACGAGGAAAGCUUUUUAAAGUACCAUCCGAACAAAAAAAUGUAUAUCCGCACGGUUCCCAUUGCAUUGACUCUUUACGUAUUCACUGAUGAUGUUCUGGAAAUUUGUUCAACUCUGCUGAAACAACAGAAUGUUUCUAUCAAAGUGAUUAAUGAUCGAUUGAAAAAGUAUCGAAGAACCUGGAAGAAAGAAGAAGAACACUUUUAUAAGUUGAUUGGUUUGGACGAGUUCAAAUCGAUUUUGAAAGAACUGAAAGUGAACGAACAACUGAUUACUAUUGUUCCGGAUAUGGUGUACAACAGAACACAAUUCCGAAUGAGUGAUGCGUCUGCCACUGAUGUUGCUGAAGUAUUCAGUCCAGACGGAAAAAGAGUGAUUGAUAGUUCUCAAGCCGUUUUUUAUAUCUUUCAAAGGACUGUUUGUGGUGUCAAUUGGAAGUUGGAAUGCUGUAAAACUCAUCCGGAAUGCAGAGAUAAUUAUAAGAAGCGAGUGAUCAAUUUGAUGAGAAAAUACGCUGAUAUGAAAGAAGGAACACUUGUCCUCUUGGGUCACGUUAUGGACAAUGUGACAGCUCUACGGAAUCACUGCACUUACAAACAACAAGCACAGUUGAGAUUACCCGAAUAUCUUCUAUAUAAUUAUCAUCCAACUCAACUAAUUUAUCUGUCUCUUUACUAUUCUAUCGCUGAUGCUUACGGACUACGGAGGCACGAAUUUCAUUCGAAUGGACCGAAUCCUGUGACAAAUAUUUGGACUUAUCGUGCAGUUUAUAUUGCUGGAUGGGCGGAAGCGUUUUUCAGCGAACCAGAAUUGGAUGAUCUUAGUAUUAUUAUUCAGAGGACAGUAAUAAAUGUCAUUCCGAACGAUAUUGUUAUGAAAGAGCAGAAAACACUCUCAGCGAUUCUCAACCUCACUUUUAAUCCACCGAACAGGACAAUUAAUCAAGUCAAACCUGUUGAAAAGGAGACGAAGAAGUGUGAAGUGUCGAAAGCUUCAAGUUCUAACAGUAAAGUUACAAAAACGACGGAUUUGGGAGAGAAAAAGAAAGAAGUAGUGUCAUCAGAAGAUGUUCGAGAUUUGAGAGUCCAAGAGGUUCCAAAAUCACCAAUCACUGAAGAAAUUUCUGAAAAACCAUUGAUUAAAUCCACUAAUCAGAAUGAAAAGGAAAGCAAGAAAGAUCUUGAGUUGGCCGAUCUGUAUGAUAAAAACGUAGAUGAUCUGAAGAAAAAGUUGGCCGAAGCUGAAAAGCGACUGGAAAUGACCGAGAAAAAGAAGGCAUUGGAGAUGAAAAAGCAAAUGGAGAAGUAUGAGAAGAUGACUUCAAAAUGUGAAUGUUUGGAAUUGAGAAUAAAAGAAUUAGAGGAAGAAAACGCGGCUGAAAUUCAAGAACAAGUGGAAAAGUAUGAACAAAAAGUGAAGAAAUACGAGGAAUUGGAGAAGAAAUCGAAGGAAACGGAGAGAGGAAUGAAGGAAAAUGAGAAGAAAAUGAAGGAGUUGGAGAUGAAGAAAGAUAAAGAAUUGGAUGAAUAUAAAACGAAGAUGAUUAAAUCGGAUGAAGCGAAAGACAAGCGUAUUCGGAUUCUUUGCAAAAAUGCACUCGAUUCUACGAAAGAAAUCAAAAAGUUGAAGUCAACGGUCACAAAGAUCGAGGCUGAAAAUGUCAAAAUGAAAAAAGAGAAUAAUCAAUUCGUCCAAAAACUUGCUCAAAAGCCGAAUGGUUUGGAAGGGAAGGAAAAGCAGAUUUCAGAGAAGAACCGAAUUAUUAAAGAGUUAAAAGAAGCGAAUCGAAAAAUGCUUUUGGAAAAAGAAGCGACGAGAAAAGUAAUUCAAGACACGAUUUCGAUGAGUUCUACACAACUACAGAUGCUUCAACGUCUUCUCACGAAUUCGCCGUCUUCUGAAACGACUUCUGAAACGGCUCCGAUUGAAAAUCGAGAAACAUCGGAUUCAUUUGAAACUCAGUUAAGAAAUCUCCAAAGACAUAGAGAUUGGAUGAGUGAUAAGAAAGAGAUUGAACCGGUGAAGGAUAUGGUUAAGAGAUUAGUAUCUCUUUCGAACCGCCCCGACAUCCAUCUAUUCGCCAACUACGAACUUCAGAAGUACGAGGGAAACAUUCAGAACUACCUGCAAGCUGUGGAGGUUAAUAUUAAAAAGCUGCAAGAGUCAGCUGAUGUGUCCAAACUCCCUCCACUUCCAGAAAUUCCACAACUUUCUGUUAAAUUUGUGUCGGAACUCUGGUCGGAAGUUGAUAGAGCCCGUGCUCAUGAGGUCAAGGAUUCGGAGUGUUACAUCUGCUCAGAUGAAAUGAAGGAAAAUGAGAAGACUCUGGAAUGUAGACACUGCAAGAAAAUCACUCACUGGGAGUGCGCGUCGAAAUGGCUGAAAUCGAAACAAACGUGUGCUCACUGCCGUCAGAAACAACUUGACCCAAACGAGUACCCGGAUCUUCCGAAUAAUUUCUCAUCAUAA